AAUUGUUUUCCUUUCGGUUUCCCAUCCGACUUUCAAGGUUACUUCCUUGGAAUUGGAAUUACUUAUUGUUGUGUAUGGUGUUUAGAAAAGACAAUGGUGUUUAAAUUAGUGCGCAUUGAUGCGGAAGAGCCGAAUAAAAUUCAGCUAUCGCUAGGAACACAUUUAAUAGGGAGAGGAAAAUUUCUCGAUUGCGAAGAUAAACGAAUAUCGAGAAACCAUGGUCAUCUAAUCAUAACAGGGACCAGUGUAGUAAUAGAGGCAUUGCACCAAAACCCCUGUUUCUUCACUAAAAAGGAUUCAGAAGAAAAGCAAGUGUUAAAAAAGUCCUGUAAAGAAGUACUCAACCAUGGUGAUAGAUUUGGGCUCUUGCCAGGCUCCUACUGGUAUGAGGUGUUGCACUGUACCACGGAAACUGACAGUCAAGCAACUGAUGUGUCAAACACAGAAGAACUGGACCCGGGUGAAGAUAAAAAUGAUCAAGAUAGUCAGAUAGAUCAGACGUUAAAUGCAGAAAAUGUCAAUUCUAAUGUUAAUGAAGAAAGAAAGAAUCAGGAGGAAGAUAAUGAAGAUUCUGUUUUAAAUUUUGAUUUAAAUGAAACAGUGGAAAAUGCUGGAAGAUCUGAAUCUCCAUCAUUACUAGACCAACAAAAUGAACAGAAUUCACCUCACCAACAAAUAGGGCCUUCAAGUCCAACCACCACAGAGCAAACCGACCCACCAGAACCCACUCCCACAGACCCACCAGAACCCACAACUCCUACAGACCCACCAGAACCCACAGCUUCCACAUACCCACCUGAACCCAUAGCUCCCGAAGCAGAGGUCAAAAGAGACCAGGAACCAUCAGAAUCACCACUUAAAAGAACUCACAGUCCGGAAGGAGAUGAUGGCGCUAAGAGGAUAAAGACGGAGCCACCUGAGGUUAAAGAGGAGUUGCUUGUGAAGCAGGAGCCUGAUGCCAGUAAUGGGGCAGGACCUAGUAGUGGUCAAGCUGAUCAAGCUAGCGCAUCUAAUGCAACAGACGGAAAAGCGCCACCAAGUCCGGUGCCACCGCGGGAGCGCUGCAUGUAUGGGGCUGAUUGCUAUAGACGCAACCCGGUGCACAAGGCGCAGUUCGCGCACCCCCGGGACGCGGACUGGGGCGCGGGCGCGCGGGCGCCGUGCCCGUACGGCGCCGCGUGCCGCAAGCGCGACCCGCGGCACUGGCGCCUGCACUCGCACCCGCCGCAAGCGCGCAUGCCGCCGCCAGGUAUCGCGUCUUAUUCUUUCGGAGGCCCUUGCGGUUACACUUCGACCCCUCGAGAACAACUUUUUGCCUAUUCGAGAGCUGUUUCGACCCUCUCCAAUCUCUCCAUGUCUUCCCCAGGCUCCAGCAGGUGCGCAGGUCGUGGAAAGGCACGGGAACGUGUUCUACAUCAACGCCCACGCGGUCAACUUUUACGACGAUCACUUCCAAAUUGAAGACGAUGACGGGGACAGCGUCGACUUCGAUUAUGAGUUCUAAUGCUAACGUAUUACGGUUCUAGACACCAUGACAGAUGCAGCACUAAGAAAUGUUGGGCCGAGUGUAUUGCAAUCUGAGUCUGUCUCACUAUAAGAACUUAACCUGCUGUGAUGUUGUAGGUCUUCUUCUUGCACUGAUGAAGCGAAUUGGCGAAUGCUUGAUACAAUCCAAAUACUAUAAACAUUAUGUUGUUGACACAAGCGAUAAAGUUAAAAUUAAGUAAAACUCGAGCUUAUUUCCUAGACUCUGGAAACACAAUUUAAGUCCACCACGUCUAGCGUGGCUACGCAAUUAGUGAGAAGAAUGAAAACGGAUUAUUUAAUUUAACUGUAAUGACUACAAAGAGAUUAUGUUUAGGUCAAAGGCCGAAAGUGAAAAAGCGCCAGCGGCCAUCCCAAUCAGUAUCAGGGUCAGACUCUGACCCUGGAUCAGCUGGAAGCCCUGAAAACCUGAUUCUCACAACAAAACGGGCCCGGAAGCCCCUGCCCAAGAUGGAC